AUGACCAUGUCACUUCCAGAAUUGUUUUCUUUCAUUGCCCUCGUUUCUGUUGGGUUCACCCUGGCAUUCGGGAAACUGUUACCUGCUUCAAAAUCCACUAAAGUAUGGUCGACAUUCUAUCCCACUGUCCUGCUCUCCUAUCUGUACAAUUCCGACGCAUUCAAAGCUGCCUCAGCUUCAGCUCGCAAGUACACCCGCGAUGAACCCGCUAAUGCAGUGCUCAUUGCCUUCGCCAUUUUGGCACCUCUGAAAUACAUCCAGCGCAAACUCCGGUUUGCUCGUAUCAACGCAACAAAAUGGAAGUAUGGAUACACGGACGGCCCUGCAUCGUGGGAGCACAUGACCAUCAAGGAGGCCCAAGAGAUUGAAGCAAACAUGGCCGAAACUUCCACCGAUCCAGGUGUUUCUCGUGCGAUUGGCAAUCCCGGCCACUUUAUCAACGAGGACAGAAUGAUUGAACAUGAAAGAAUGCAGGCGACUAUUCACCUCAUGACGGGAAUGGUGGCGCACAAGGUCAAAUCUCGAAACCACAGUCUUAUAAUUGCGAGAAUCAAUGAACAUCACCAUCGAUAUGGUAUGAAGAUCAAUAGCGAUGAUGUGCUUUACCUCAUGAUCCUUUUUGGCCUUGCCCCUAUCCCUUGGAUCAAUCGAUUCGGGUAUCGCAAGCUUGAGCCAUUCGAAGAACACGCGAUCUGGACUCUAUGGAGAGAGGUCGCUUGUCGUAUGGGGAUCAAGUACAUCCCUAGAACCUUGGAACAGGCCAAGGAGUGGCGAAGGCAAUUUGAGAGAACUCUCCGGUGGCGUGAAGAUGCAAACGAGGUUAUGGCCUCAGCCAUGUUGGAUCAGGUCCUCUAUCCUAUUCCUGGACCUUUGAAAGGCUUUGUGGCCCAAGUAUUCGUGUCCAUCGUGGACUGGGACAAGCUUGAACAGCUGGCACCAAAUUCAUACAUACGCGAGAUUGUCUUCGACAUCUUUCGAGUCUGCGGCUGGCUGAUUCGAGAAUUCGGUUUUCUUCGAAUCAGUGCUUAUCAGAGAUCUCCUCCAGAAGCCAACAGAUAUGUCAAGAUGACUUUGCCUCAUACGCCAGUUUCUGGAACCUCUGGGGUCCGCGAGCGCUUCUUCGCCGCCUCCGCUGUCUCCCAGUUCCUAGCAGCCAAUAUCGAAGUUGAAGGGGUGGCAUUCGAAGCCAUGGGCGCUCCACACAGACAUCCAGAUGUGCAGUCUGUCAUUGAGAAGAGAGUUCGCGAGAACGCUUCUGUUCUAGAGAAUGCAGAAUACGGUUAUCGCCCAGCGGUAAGGUUUCAAGCCAAUCGAUCGCUGCCACCCGUCAAGGGCCCAUCGUACGGCAGCGACGAAAAUGCAUUUGCUCCGGAUACACCAUUAACCCCGAACAAUCCCACUCGUUUCAGUAGGGAAUAUGAGCGCCGUGGUGGACCCUUUGUGGCGCUGCGUGCUAUUGAGAAGCCAGAAGACGUGUCUAUAGGUUUCACCAAACAGCCUCUGGAAUGA